CCUGGCAAGCCUGGAAGGAGUUUGGGUGGAGCUGUGCAAGCUUGGCUGAGGGGGAGGGGAAGCCGCCACUAGCAACUAACCUUAGCUUCCUAAACUCAGCAGAAAGGUCAGAGGUAUUGUUGGAAAGGCAAGAAGCCCAGUGAUUCGGCUUGCCCGCCAAACCAAGACAAAAACCCAAGUUGUGCCAUGCAGCUUUAAAGGGGCUGGUGAUUGACAGAAUGUGUAGCAGUGGAUGGGGUGGAGCCGCUGGGUGGGGUCUGGGACAGGCAGCUGGGAGAAACCAAAAGGAAGAAAAAAGAAAACCAUUGCCCCUGUUGUCGCUAUUGCCGUGCGCGGGAAGCUAGCCAAAAAGAAACUAAAAGGAGUGGUUUAGAGCUCACUUUCACUCCUAUCCCCAGCCAACUCUCUCGAACCCUCUGUCUCCUUUUGAGAUAAUUAAAAUCGAGUAAACACCGGCACUAGUCUGUGCCCAUUCCCCCAAGCCUGCACUGAACUAGGUUUGUAGUACCGAGGGAGUGAGGACCCCGUGUCCACCAGCUCAAACCCGGCCCCGCCCCGUCGGCUCUGGCCCAAGGCUCGGAGCAGAGGAUGCCUUUGGAGGUGCAGAAUCCGAAAAUAUGGAUCAACUCAUAAACAACUUGGGGGUGUAACUUAAUUCAGAAAGUGGCUCAAUGCAUGUCUUCAAACAGGUCACUGGCUCUGUUCAUAUCAGAGAUCCUCUUAAGACAGAAGAUAGAGGGAAUAUGACAUCUCCACCAUUCCCAGAUGCCAGUCCCAUGGAGAACCCAGCACUAUUUAGUGACAUCAAGAUUGAGCCCCCAGAAGAACUUCUGGCUAAUGAUUUCAACCUGCCCCAGGUGGAACCAGUUGACCUCUCUUUUCACAAGCCCAAGGCUCAUCUCCAGCCUGCCAGCAUGCUACAACCUCCAAUAUUCACUCCCAAGCCAAAGCCUGCUCUCCAGACACUUGUAGUGUCCACUUCAACGUCUGACACAGGCACUUCAGCAAAUAUCCCUACUGUUCUGACUCCAAGGUCUAUCCUGGCCUCCUCUCAAGGAACUGGUGGCCAGCAGAUCUUUCAUGUGAUUCACACCAUCCCCUCAGUCAGACUGCCAAAUAAGUUGGGUGGCCUAAAGACCAUCCCAGUAGUGGUACAGUCACUUCCCAUGGUGUAUACUACUUUGCCUGCUGAUGGGGGCCCUGCAGCCAUUACAGUCCCACUCAUUGGAGGAGAUGGCAAAAAUGCUGGAUCAGUGAAAGUUGACCCCACCUCCAUGUCUUCACUGGAGAGCCCAAGUGACAGUGAGGAGAGUGAGAUUAAGAGUGGAUCCUCAGCUUUACAGGGUGUUCAGGGACUACAGCAAGAACCAUCAGCAAUGACCCAAAUGCAGGGAGAAGAGUCUCUUGAUUUGAAGAGAAGACGGAUUCACCAAUGUGACUUUGCAGGAUGCAACAAAGUGUACACCAAAAGCUCCCACCUGAAAGCCCACCGCAGAAUCCAUACAGGAGAGAAGCCUUAUAAAUGUACCUGGGAUGGCUGUUCCUGGAAAUUUGCUCGUUCAGAUGAGCUCACCCGCCAUUUUCGCAAGCACACAGGCAUCAAGCCCUUCCAGUGCACAGACUGCAACCGUAGCUUCUCUCGCUCUGACCACCUAUCCCUGCACCGCAGGCGCCAUGACACAAUGUGAGCAGCAUAGACUACACCAGAAGAGCUGUGCUGGUCUUGUGUGUGUGUGUGUGCGUGUGUGUGUGUGUGUAUGCAUGCACACCGAGAUCAUAACCAUCUUUUCCUCAUUGACCUCAGCUUGCCUCAGGGAUGGGGUAGGCGCAGCUCACUGAGCCAGGUUGAUCAGACUGUAGGAAAAAAUAGAUGGUCUCCCAUGGGGGCUCCUCAUAUUCUACUUUCACUUCUCCACUGUCCAGUCUCCAAUUUUUUCAGCCUUGCAUGGAUUGAAUUCCAGUGUGGCACCCAUGGCUUCCCCCCAUUCCUCUACCAUACCCUUGCUCUGACAUAACACAUUUCCCUACAAAAAACAGGAAAUCAAACUCAAGGCUGUGAACAAACAUGCACUGCUUUUUAUUCCAAUUUGUCUCUUAUUUUCUAGAAUUCUUAUCCUUUCUUUCUUUUUUUUUUGGAAUCAGCAUUUAAGAGUGGUUGGUAGUGUCUUAAAAUGACAUUUUGUAAAUUUCCUAAACAUAAAAAGGCAUAAUAAUUUAGUUGAUUGCUAAGAUUUACAGGGAUUUGGGUCCUGAGUAUAGGGCACAUCCUCAGUGAAUAAGAUGAGUCUCUUGCCAAACUGAAAGAUUUUGUAAAUCCAAUCCUAUAUGUUAUUACAGUUUGGUUUUCAGAAAGUGCUGAUGCUUUUUCACAAGUCUAUCAGAAGGAAUGAAAUGAUCUUCUCCUACUUGUCCUCUUUUUCUUCAUCCUUCUUCAGGAUAAAGAUUUGGCUGCACAGUUAUCUUCUCCGUUAGGUUAAAUGCACACACUGACAUGCCAGUAGGGAGAAAAGUGUUCCAGGAAAAUAUGUUGGGCAGCGACAGGAACAAACAAAACCAGUAUCAUUCUGAAAACAAAUAGAGGGGGCUUUCAUUUGGAUAAGACUUCAGAAGCUCUGUAAUCACAAACCUCAUUCAAAUGGCAGCCUGUUGAGGCAGUGUCUUGAGGGGCUGUUUAUUCUUUUGUUUAUGUAAAGCAACUGUUUUGAGCAUAUUGCAUGGUGAGAAAUCACACACUGGGGUUAUUUUAUACAGAAGUGAGGGGUUAGAAGAAAAAAAUGUGUUCAUUCUGUGGCAUUAUUAGCAUGAAUUCUUAUAUUUCAAAUGGAAUUUAAAAGGAUUUUAAAGAAAACUGACACAAAAAACCAUCUGAUGUUCUGCAACUGCUAUAAACCGCUAGCCAUUUCUUUAGCCAUUAAGGCAGGUUACAUAUUAUCCGCAUCUGAUUACCCAAUUGGACUUUUAAGUAAUAGUCUCUGGGACAUCAAACCCUCUGUUCUAGGCUGUGGACUUCAGAUCUACCUCCAAAUGGCAUAUUUUCUCUACCUGGGGGCAGGGAGGGCUUUGCAUCACUUAGUUUUAAAUUCAGCCUUUCUUCUAAAGGUUGUCUUCAUAUUGAAACCCUUUUCCGUGGCAGAUAUUCAAUCAGUUCCUGUGUGAAUACUUUCGGUUACUACUUCCAAAGACCAUCCAUUCCAACUAAAUCAAGAAAUUCUAGUACCAAGAAUGGAUCUUAUUAACCACUCAGUACUAUCUAUCAUUUA